CACGUAGCUGAGUUGGAGUUGUCAGGUAGAGCAAGCCAAGAAGAUUUACACAUAGAGCUAGUUGGGUAUUCAGCCAGAACCACCAGAGCUGAUACUAGAAAGCAAAAGCAGGAGAAAGAGAAAGUGGUGAUUUAAGUUUAAAAUACAACAUGGGAAACAGCAAGAGCAGCGCUUUGUCCAAGGAGAUUCUGGAGGAUCUAAAAAUGAACACCAAAUACAGUGAGGCUGAGCUCAGUGCCUGGUACACCACCUUCCUGAAAGAGUGUCCUAGUGGGCGCAUUACUAAAGAGCAGUUUGAGGGCAUCUAUGCAAGCUUCUUUCCUGACGCUGACCCCACCGCGUAUGCACGACAUGUUUUCCGUAGCUUUGACCUCAAUGCUGAUGGCAUGCUGGACUUUAAGGAGUACAUAAUUGCACUGCAUUUAACCUCCUCAGGCAAAACUAUGCACAAGCUCGAGUGGGCUUUUGCUCUGUAUGAUGUUGAUGGCAAUGGAACCAUCAGCAUAAAUGAAGUUCAGGAGAUUGUAAAGGCAAUUUUCAAUAUGAUUCCUGUUGAAGACCAGACAAAACUUCCAGAGGAUGAGAACACACCAGAAAAGAGAGCAGACAAAAUAUGGAGCUUUUUCCAAAAGAAAGAAAAUGAUAAGAUCGCAGAGGGCGAGUUCAUUCAGGGAGUGAUGGACAACAAAGACAUUUUGAGGUUGAUACAGUUUGAUGAGCCAAAGAAGAUACAGGACAAACUGAAGGAGAAGAAACCAUAACUUUCACACCGCUUUCUCCUAAGACUGUACUCUGCUUAUUUCCUGUUUACACAGCUAAACUCCUAUGCCACUCCGGCACUCCUUUGCUCAAGAGGACCAUCUGCGUGUGUAUGUGUAUUGUCUAAUUUAAUACCGCAGAGCCAUGACCAACCAUCUGUAUUCCUAUUGCACAACUAUACAAGCUCCUUUGAACAAUUGUAUGACAAUGCAUGUUCUCUACUUUCAAUUCAGAUACAUUAUGUAAGCAUCUAUCAUGCAAUUAUUUGCUUUAUUUGUUUAUAAUAACAAGAAUUUGGGGUAAAGUUAAGGUAAUGAGAAUGCAAUUAGGCUCAGGUUAGCAAUCCCUCUCGCAUAAUCAAUCCUCUUAAAAUCUGAAGGUCAAUCCAGGCAAACUCUCAUGAGCCACUGGUAGUUUUAAUUUUGCCAGUUAAUUUGUAUUUGUUUGAAUCUUUUUCUAUUGACAAAAACAAAACACUUUUUAAUCGUAUUGAGUCGAUUGGUUUUUUUGCUAAUUUUAAUUGAUGAAAAACUAAAAUUUUAGCCAACUACAACUAAGUAGUGUAGCCAAUAAAUACGGUUGGGUUUUUUUCAGUUUCUCCCAUAUUUUUUCCCCUCAAAUGUAGUUUUUAGGUUUUCCAAAAGGUAUAUGGAUUAAUUCUCAUUUCAUCUUGAAAGGAAUACUGGAUUGUAUUCAUGCACCAAUCAGAAGAGCCAUUUACAGAGCAGUGUGCAUGACCACAUCUUCUCUUGUCUGCCCACUAACCAAGUGUAUCAAUUUAUUUCCAUGUUCAAACACAUGGUGGGAGGUUUCUGGUGAUGAUGGUGGUGGUGUUGGAGUGGGGAUUACCUUUUGUCAAAUCAACCAUUACUGACAUUUUCAUCUUGUUUUUAUUUGUUGAGGAAAAUGUCCUCACAUUUCAUCUUAGAUUUUGAAUACAAUGGAAGAUUUAGAUUUACUUAUGGCUUCUUUUUCAUCAGGGACACACAGGGACACAAAUGUUAGUUAUUCUGUCAACAAAAGUAACACUGCUCUUUGGCUCUCUUCUGGAUCUGCAUUCACAAGGCGGUGGUAUGGAUUUGGGUGGACACAUUAGGCACCAUCUCUUGUAUCUCAAACAUUUAACUCAAACCUCAGCUGUUUAAUAGUAGACAUGAGAUAUAUAUCUAAAUAGAUAUAUUAUCUUGCUUUUUACUUCAGUUGGCUCUGUUUCCCGGGUGUAUAUGUAUAUGUGUUCGGCAAAAUGUUCUAGGCUUUAUAGACUUAAGAAACUCACUAUAUAAAUGCAAGACAGUCUUACGGUUACUGUCAGUUACAGUCUACAGUUAUUCAGUCACCUGACUUUUGUUUUUGCCUUUAGCGAAUAUGUUACAUGUUUCAGCUACAGCUGUCAGUCAUUUCUUAUUGAUCAUGGUUACAAUCAGUUAUUGCUAAAAUGAAGGCUUUGAUCCUGUGCAUAUUUUACCUUUAAGUCAGUUAAUAAUACACUGUUCAGGUAUGCUGCAUAAAGACGGUCUAGAAUUUUCCAUGCUUUGAAAUGGGCCAGUGCUCUGUCUAGUUACUUAGAAUUUUUUUUUUUUUUUUUUUUUUAUGAACUAAUUCAUUUUGGUAUCAGAAAUAGCUCAUUAUACUGUUGUGUAACAGCUGUACAGUGGAAACCUUGCAUUACAGGUGCAACUUUC